AUGCCCCACUACAUGUAUGUAGCCGUGAAUGAAGACAACAAGAUAUCGGUCUUUACCGUUGACCCUCAGACGGGAGGUCUCACGCAUCAGCACGAUGUGCCGGUCGACGGCGGGCCGUUCACACUGGCUAUCAGCCCGGACCGCAAUCACCUGUACGCCGGCUGCCGGGAAGCCCCCCAGUUGGCCAGCUUCCGCAUCGACCAGUCCGGUGGCGGCCUCACGCGGACGGGUACGGUGCCGCUGGAUUCCUGGCCCGUCUACGUCAACACCGACCGCCGAGGCAGGUUCGUGCUGUCGUCCUACUACCAGGGCGCGCGCGUGGCGGUGCAUCCUAUCGGAGAUGACGGUUCGUUGGGAGCGCCGCCCGUCGUGUCGUUGGAAACGGCGACCGGCGCCCACGCCAUGCAGACCGACCCGACCAACCAAUACGCGUUCGUGCCUCACAUCGCGGGUAACGGCCCCAACCAGGUCUGGCAGUUCAGAAUUCCUGGGGCCUCGCCAUUUCUGCUUUCAUCCCUCCUGGACGUCCUCUAUUUCUCCAACGAGCAGGGUUGCAGCGUGAGCGGCUACCGCCUCGACACAGCCAACGGUACCCUGUCGCUCUUCCAGACCGUCACCACCCUUCCGCCGGAAGGCUUUGCCGAGAGAAACACCUGCUCCCAGAUCCAGGACCGGGUGGUCAUGUACCUGCACGGCGGGGGCUACAUGAUCGGUUCGAUGCGGACGCACCGGUCUCCGCUGUCCUACCUGUCCCGCGUGUCCGACGCCCGGGUGCUGGGGCUCAACUACCGCCUGGCCCCGGAACACCCCUUCCCAGCGGCGGUGGAGGACUCGGUGGCGGCCUACAGCUGGCUGCUGUCAGAGGGCGUCUCGCCCGGGCGCAUCGUCAUAGGCGGUGACUCGUGCGGCGGCGGCCUGACCAUCGCCACGCUGGUCGCCUUGAAGUACUUCGGCUACCCUCUUCCGGCGGGUGGAAUAUCCCAUUCCGGAUGGACCGAUCUGGCCCACACCGGGGACAGCUUUGUGACCAAGGCCGAAGCGGACCCGCUCAUCGAUGGGUGCCUCCAGGCAACUGUUAGGAAUUUGGGUUAG